AUGGCAAACAUCUGCACACUCUUUACUGCAAUCUUCCUUAUUAGCGCACUACUGUUCCAUGUUUCUUCAUUGGCUUCUGUGGUUUCCACUGGAGAUUUCAACAAAGAUUUCUUCGUGAUAUGGGCAGCCCCUGGGCAUGUAAACACUUCUGCAGAUGGGCGAUCAACCAGCCUCACACUCGACACCGUCUCUUCAAGUGCAAUGUCGACCAAGGAUAAGUACUUGUUUGGGCAGUUCGUCAUGAAGAUGAAACUGGUUCCUGGGGAUUCUGCCGGCACUGUCUCCGCCUUCUAUUUAAUAUCGGAUCCGUACGCGAGCCGUGAUGAGAUGGACUUUGAAUUUCUGGGGAAUGUGGCCGGGGAGCCAUACAGUCUUCAGACGAAUGUUUUUACGAAUGGAUAUGGCCAAAGAGAGCAGAGGAUUAAGCUGUGGUUUGAUCCAACCCAAGACUUCCACACCUAUUCUAUAUUAUGGAACAUCUACCAUAUCGUAUUUUUUGUGGACGAUGUACCCAUAAGAACAUACAGGAACCAUGCAGACCAAGGGGUGGCAUAUCCAAUGGAGCAGCCAACCUCAGCUCAGAUCUGCAUAUGGGACGGCAGCAGCUGGGCCCCAGUGAAAAUAGACUGGUCAAAGGCCCCCUUCAUUGCCUCAUUCAAGGACUACACCAUAGACGCUUGUGUGUGGAAAGGGGACCCCUCUGAUGAAUGUAGGGCAGAUGGGCCUUCAAAUUGGUGGAAUCAGGACAGGUUUAGCACCCUAACACCGCAGCAAAUAGAACAGUACCAAUGGGUCAUGAAGGACCAAAUUACCUAUGACUAUUGUACGGAUAACCAAAGAUUUAACGGUUCCAUCCCUUUGGAAUGCUCUCUUCCUAAGUAUUGA